CUCUUUUCCUUUCUGCCGCGUGAGCGAGGCCGUCAUGCUUUGGUUACUCUCAGCAACUAAGCUGGUUCCCGCCGUAGCAAGCGCCCGCUGCUUCUCAGGAUGCUUGUCAUGUUCUCAGCGAAGCUACUCCCUCCAGCCCAUCCCAGAGAGGAGAAUUCCAAACCGGUACUUAGGCCAGCCCAGCCCCUUUACACACCCACACCUCCUCAGACCAGGAGAGGUGACGCCAGGACUAUCUCAAGUGGAAUAUGCACUUCGCAGGCACAAACUAAUGUCUCUGAUCCACAAGGAAACAGAAGGGCAGAGUGGGACAGACCAGACAGUGGUUCUGCUGUCCAACCCUACAUACUACAUGAGCAACGAUAUCCCCUAUACUUUCCACCAAGACAACAAUUUCCUGUACCUGUGUGGAUUCCAAGAGCCCGAUAGCAUUCUGGUCCUUCAAAGCCUCCCUGGCAAGCAGUUACCAGCACAUAAGGCCAUGCUUUUUGUGCCUCGGAGAGACCCUAGUCGAGAACUUUGGGAUGGCCCACGAUCUGGCACUGAUGGAGCAAUAGCUUUAACGGGAGUGGACGAAGCCUAUACACUGGAAGAAUUUCAACAUCUAGUACCAAAAUUGAAAGAUGAGACAAAUAUGGUCUGGUAUGACUGGAUGAGGCCCUCUCACGCACAGCUUCACUCUGACUACAUGCAGCAUCUGACUGAGGUCAAAGCCAGGAGCAAGAAUAAAGUUCGGGCUGUCCAGCAGCUGGUACAGCGCCUCCGGCUGAUCAAAUCUCCUGCAGAAAUUGAGCGAAUGCAGAUUGCUGGGAAGCUAACAUCACAGGCUUUCAUAGAGACCAUGUUUGCCAGUAAAGCUCCCAUGGAGGAAGGCUUCCUUUAUGCGAAGUUUGAAUUUGAAUGCCGGGCCCGUGGUGCAGACAUCUUAGCCUACCCGCCCGUGGUCGCUGGAGGUAACCGGUCAAACACUUUGCACUAUGUGAAGAAUAAUCAGCUCAUCAAGGAUGGGGAAAUGGUGCUGCUGGAUGGAGGUUGUGAGUCUUCUUGCUAUGUGAGUGACAUAACCCGUACCUGGCCUGUCAAUGGCAGGUUCACAGCACCUCAGGCAGAACUCUAUGAAGCUGUUCUAGAGAUACAGAGAGACUGUCUGACCCUCUGCUCCCCUGGGACAAGCUUGGAGAACAUCUACAGCUUGAUGCUGACACUGAUUGCGCAGAAGCUUAAGGAGUUAGGGAUCGUGAAGAACAUUAAGGGAAAUAAUGCCUUCAAGGCUGCUCGAAAAUACUGCCCUCAUCAUGUUGGCCAUUACCUCGGGAUGGAUGUCCAUGACACUCCAGACAUGCCCCGUUCCCUCCCUCUACAGCCUGGUAUGGUAAUCACAGUGGAGCCAGGCAUUUAUAUUCCAGAGGACGACAGAGAUGCCCCAGAGAAGUUUCGUGGUCUUGGUGUACGAAUUGAAGAUGAUGUCGUGGUGACUCAGGAUUUACCUCUCAUCCUUUCUGCAGAUUGCCCCAAAGAGAUGAAUGACAUCGAACAGAUAUGCAACAGGGCCUCUUGACCCUCGUUGCAACCCACGUGCCUCUCAGAUCCUAUAUAUCUACUGGAACCAUAUGAGCCCUUGCGGGCACUGGUGUCCUGCAAUCCCACCAUUCAGCUCCAAUCCAGAUUCUAGCAACACUAACUAUUAAACAAAACAGUUUUGAGUUUU